CGGCGGGGGCCGGGCCGGGCCGGGCCGCGCGGGAGGGGCGGGCGCGCUGCGGGCCGUGCGCGCGGCGAUGUGAGAGCGGAGCGCCGGGCCCUGUCCGCGCCCCCGGCCGCGCUCCCUCCGUCCCUAUCGCCCGCGCCGGUCUCCGCUGGCCGGGCCCCGCGUUAUGUCGUGAUCCCGGGCGGGCGGCGCUGCUGCUGCUGCUCAUGGGGCUGCUCAGGAUUAUGCUGCCGCCCAAGUUGCAGCUGCUGGCGGUGCUGGUCUUCGGGGUGGCCGUGCUGUUCCUGGAGAACCAGAUCCAGAAGCUGGAGGAGUCCCGCGGCAAGCUGGAAAGGGCUAUUGCAAGGCAUGAAGUCAGAGAAAUAGAGCAGCGUCACACAGUAGAUGGUCCCCGACAAGAUGUGACACUGGAUGAAGAAGAUGAUGUGGUGAUUAUUUACAACAGAGUACCCAAGACUGCCAGCACAUCCUUCACAAAUAUUGCCUAUGAUCUCUGUGCGAAGAACAAAUACCAUGUUCUACAUAUCAAUACAACCAAAAAUAAUCCUGUUAUGUCUCUGCAAGAUCAGGUCCGGUUUGUGAAGAACGUGACUUCCUGGAAGGAGAUGAAGCCGGGGUUUUACCAUGGCCAUGUCUCGUACCUGGACUUCGCCAAAUUUGGUGUUAAAAAGAAACCAAUUUACAUAAAUGUCAUAAGAGAUCCUAUAGAACGCCUAGUUUCUUACUAUUACUUUCUGCGCUUUGGAGAUGAUUACAGACCAGGUCUACGGAGGCGAAAACAAGGGGAUAAAAAGACCUUUGAUGAAUGUGUGGCAGCUGGAGGUUCCGACUGUGCUCCAGAGAAACUUUGGCUUCAAAUUCCAUUCUUCUGUGGCCACAGCUCAGAAUGCUGGAAUGUGGGAAGCAGAUGGGCUUUGGAACAAGCCAAAUACAAUCUGAUUAAUGAAUACUUCCUAGUGGGAGUUACUGAAGAGCUUGAAGACUUUAUCAUGUUACUGGAGGCAGCUUUGCCCCGGUUCUUCAGGGGUGCCACAGAACUGUACCGGACAGGAAAGAAGUCGCAUCUUAGGAAAACAACUGAGAAAAAACUUCCCACAAAAGAAACUAUUGCCAAGCUACAGCAGUCUGAAAUCUGGAAAAUGGAGAAUGAGUUCUAUGAAUUUGCACUGGAGCAAUUUCAGUUUGUCAGAGCACAUGCAGUUCGGGAAAAAGAUGGAGAAUUGUAUAUUCUGGCUCAAAACUUUUUCUAUGAAAAGAUUUACCCUAAAUCAAACUAAGAAUGCUAUACUGUUAGAUUUAUGGACCUAAAUCUUUGGUCACAUCAUCAUCUUAGUCCUCAGCCAUGGAAACUAGAUUGCUUGUAGACCUCCAAGACAUUUCUUUAUAUGAGGAAAGUGGGUUGUGGAUCACCUCCAGGGCUUUGGAUGUAGCUGUGUUGGUAAUCCAGAAGCAAAGGCUUCAUUUCUUUUAUCUAAUACAUUCAGUGGGAGUCAAUAUCCUUAACCUGAAGAAAUCAACACUGUAAUUCAGAGCAAUUAAUCCAGAACAGUUUUAUUUGAAAAUAUAAAGAAUCAAAAAAACACUUCUGUUGAUGCUCUUUUUAAUUUUCAGAGCAAUUUAUUUUCAUUUAUACUUCUGUGAAGAGGAAAUAACUUUCCCCAGCUUUUAACAUGGAAAUUUUGGUUGUAUACAGUAUGAGUAGUCCUAAUAACUGGUUGACAUCUGUGCUUCGUUUUUCGUGAAUCAUGUCAUGAUAUUAAUUGGAAUGGUUAAUAAUGUUCUGCUGAGAAAUGCUGCUGGAAUUGCCCAUAUUUAUAUAUGUGGUUUUAUUAAAAAAUUACAACUUCUCA